GGACACAUCCUCCGCCAAACUACUGGCGGGCCAAUGGGAUCCCCUGCAAUGGUCGAAAUCAGUAACGUGUUUGGCUACAAACAUGAAAGAAGUAGUAGUGCAAUCCUUGGCUUGCUGCUGUACAAAAGAUACAUUGAUGACAUUCUUCGGGUGCGAAUAGCGAAGAAGAAUAGCCAGCGCCAGCCCCUUGCGAACAUAUACCCCGGCUGCCAUGUGAAGAACACGACGGCAGAAGAAGAGUUUUGCGGCAUGAAAGCCACAUGUGACGGAAGAAAAAUACGCACGAUGGCCCUGCCGAAGAAGAAAGGGGUUCCAGAAAAAAGCAACACAAGCCAGCAGCAAAGACAAGGAAUUGCAUACGGUAGAAUAGUUUAUGAAAGAAUGUUAGAAACUAGUGCAUAACAGUCCAGAAGUAACAGGUUCCUGCCGCCGCGCACUCCGAUGCCUCGACCUUGUUAUGGAAGACACGCAGAAGUCUUGCUCUUGCACAACGACCUCGACGAAGGACAUCGAUGACAAACACUUGGGAGGACGAUGAUUAGUAAAAAUAAAAUAAAAAAACAAUAAAACGCCUGGAUAAAACCGACAAAAAAUAGCACGUGCAGCAGAACGCCUCGAAGUCCGAAAAUGCUUAUCUUUCCCAGUGAGCCCCGGUGCAGCUGGAAAAAGAGAAGAUGAUGAUGUUGUUGUGCUAGAAAAAAUGUGAACGUACUGGAAAU